UUUUUGAUCUAAGGUGCAUAUCAAAAAAAUUUCAAAUUAAAGAAAACACAAAAAAUUGUAUUGAAACAAGAAAACUUAAAAAUUUUAUAAAUCAUUUGGUUAAACUACUCUAAAUUUUAUAUUGUCUACUUUAAACCAUGGAUAACGUUAAAAUGCCUUUUCUACCCGAGGAAACUCUCAAAACCCAACGUGUUGAAGUUUACUUAAAUGAUCUAAAAGAGCGACUAAAGGAGCUGCGUGUUCAACAUGACGAAGUUAUUCAAAACUCGGUGGAUAUAAUUAAAGAGAUAGACGAAGUAUCGUCCGGUCUGUUGUUGCCUCAAAACAGCGGUGUUGACUGUAACGAUAAUGUUACCAAAAUCAAAAAACUCAUUAAAGAAUUUGAAUCCGCAAGAGAAUCGAAUUCAGCAAAGAUACCAGUGUCUAUUGAAAGCAAGGUAGACAUCCGUAAAAUAUUGCAGAAUUUUGAAAAACUAAAUGAGAGCCAUGUAUUGAAGGAAAGUCUUGUGCUUUUUAAGCGCGCUAAAGAAUCUCUCGAGAAAAUCGAUACUUUCCUUGGUACACAUUUGGAGAAUGUUAUUAUUCAAUCAGUGAACGCCAGCAAGGGGAAUUUAAAUCCACCGAUAUCUUCAACAACGACAAAAGUUGUUGAAUUUCAUAAUGAUUGCGAACAAUCGCCGACUCUUCCUCAAUUCAGCUCAGAUACCAUAAACAAUAUUGUUAUUAAUGACAACAAUAAAAUUACGGAUUGUACUUUAAAAUCAACCAAUUCUGGUUCGAGUCCAGCUACUUUAGCUACCGUUAAAAGUCAAAUUUCUACCAAUAGCAACUCUAGCUUAAAACAUCGAAUAAACAUGUUUAGCAAUGAAAAGUCUGGAAAGAUAAAUAGCUGUGAUAGUGGAAAAAAUAUAACACCGUCAUGCUACGCUUCCUGCUGCAGCAGUGUCACUAGCAUGGAUGUUUAUGAAUCCGCAGAAAAUGUUUGCAUACCCAACAUGUGUGGCAAUGAAAGUAGCUGUGUGAACUCACUGGAAAUGGGCUAUGAGGGUGACAAUGAUGACAGUGAGUACGAUUUGUUUGCACUAAAGCGAAAGAAAAACAAGGUUUCAUCUGCCAAUCAACAGUGAGGAGUUUUAGUAUAAUUCUACUUUGAUUAUGUCAAGGCAAUGUUCAACAUUGUAAAUUAAUGUUAUAAAUCAUGGGUUUUCAAAAAUGAAAAGUAAUAUAAAAAAUGUAAAUUAUCUUAAUUUUUGAAAUAAAGUUGGAAAAUUGACCAACUGCAAAGUUUGAAA